AUGGUGUGUCCAGGUAAGUAUCCUUCUCCUUUCAUGCUGAGCCUCCACCUACCUACCUCUCCUGCUUGUUAUAGCCCCCCCUUCCUCAGUCCCCACCUUUCUCUGUCAGUCCCCCACUCUGAGCCCUCUGAUACAAAGUUUAUUAGAACACAGAGCUGAAAUCUUAUCUAGUAAUUACCUGCCCCUCCCUCCCUUCAUCCCUCCCGUCUGUAAUGUAAACUCUCUAGCCAAAUGUCUCCCUACUCACUGCUGAGUGGCUGAGGAUGAUGGGAGUUGCAUGACAUGUCUAUUGCCAGUCCCUGAGGUGGUGAAUAGUUUUUACCCCGAGUUAGAGCUCCCAUUUAACUGCACUUACAACAUAGUAAUAUGGUCUUUUAAAAAGCCCAGCAAGUUCAAACUUUUUCAAGUCUGUUUCCAUUAUUAAUCCAAAGGAUUGCAAAGAAAUAAUUAUAUGAUUUUCACUCAAUAAUUGCAAUCAUGUUUCUCCUCAGAUCAAACAGCUGUUAUUCAACUUAUUUACCAUUACAAUCUUUUACGAAUAUCUGAUAUAUAGGCGGAAAAUGCUGCAUCUUUAUUAUUUUUAUACUUCUUCUAAAUCUGCCUGUUUUUAUAUCUAGAAAUAUUUCCUUAAUGAGGUGGUUUUGGUGCAGAGACGUUGUAAAACAUUGGCAUUUCUGAAAAAACAGCAAUGUUUACAAUUGUCUGAAAACACAGCUCUAGUGCCUAGUCAGAGACUAGAGGCACUUCCUUGUUACAUCCUUCAAUUUUCAAAGGUCUUAACACUUGGCAUGUUGACGCUGAACUUGACUGGCGAUCGCUAAGCAUGCAUCUUUUUUUUUUUUAAGCGGAUUUGUCACCAUCUGGGGACUUUGCAUAAUUUUCAAAGAGCCCCGAUGAUGACAUCGCCACUGAGAGUCCGUUGGCCAGGGGAGGGCAGGCAAAUGUGAGUUUUACGUGAUUUAAACUGCUUCUCACAGGUGCCGCCAUCGUCGUCUCCCUACCAGUCCUCUUCUGCUCCUGGUCCUUCAGUUGCCAGGAGCCAUCGUCACUGCUGUAGUCUAAUUACCCAUCAUUUUCACGUAUAUUUAAUUUAUAAUGGUGUUAAACUCAAGGUGUUACCCACGGAGAUCAGUAAUAUGAUCUCACAUUAACUUGCACUCACAAUGGCUGAAGAGGACAGCAGGAACCUGCAACGUAAGUAAAGCUAGGGACAUUGGGACAGUUAGGAUGUGCAUCACAACAUCACAAGUUAUGGCUUUUAGUGUUAACGUUACAAUAGGGAUUUUGUUAAGGAAGUGCAUGCUUUAUAAUGGUUAGGCAUAAGACAUUAGAUAACCUAAGGCAGCUGCCUAUGGCCCAGAUGGAGAAGAAACUUGGUCAAGCUCCAUUCACCAUCCCUAUAGUAUUAAUCCUUCUCUGGGCUUAGGGUAUUACAUAUGAGGUUUAGUUUAUAAUCAGAUUUGGGGUUAUGAUAGAUAUAUCCCUGAUUCUGUGAUUCUGUUCUAAUUCUUUAAUAAAAGCAAACUUAUUUUUAGGUAAAAACUUUCAUGGAUCUUUGAACGUACAACGUUGCAUGGAGUUUCUCACUUAGCAGUGCUCAAAGUUCGUACAUUGUAAUAGUGUGUUGACUUCACCAGAACAUCUUUCCAUUAUCCAACCAAUAGAGGCAGUUGGCACUCGGUUGGGAAAUCUGUUAUUUUAUUCGUUGAGAAUGUAUUUUUUCAGAUAUGAAUUAUAUUGUGGAAUUCACAAACAAUUUAAUGAAGUCACAUACUCAAAACAUAUACAAAGUAAAGUGUUAAAGGAAUACUAGAAUGUUAGAAAUACCAAGCUGGAAUACAAAGCCCUCACAACUCCCCUCCCCCCUCACGACAGGAAAAUGAAGGUUUAUAACCCCUUUAAACACUUACCUAAUUCCAGUAUCUAGGUCCAUCAGCGCUAGCUCUAUCCCCAUUGCACAUUAGGCCUUCCGCCAUAGGAAAGAAUUGAAUACAAGGCGAUGACGGUCCUCAUGCAAAGCGUAAGGACGUCCAACGUGAUUUAAACUCCAUGAAACUGCAGGAAGCGCCUCUAGUGGAUGUCUGGCAGUCAGCCACUAGAGGCAGUCUUAACCAUGCCAUGUAAACAUUGCAGUUUCUCUAAACAGGAGACAGGGACACUGCACCAAGACCACUUCAAUGAGAUGAAGUGGUCUGGGUGCCUAUAGUGUCCCUUUAAACAUUAGCAGUUAUGACAGAUAGGACUGGAGAUACAGAGAAAAAGAUGGUUAUUCAUACUUUUUGCAAUGAUAGACUUGUUCGUGGAGCUAUUUACUAAACUGGGAAUUGUAGGUAGCUUCAUCUGAUUUCUUGUUCCAACAUGGAAUCGAGAUCAAAAUGCUAAAAAUCACCUGGGGGGGGGGGGCGAAGCUAUAUGCAUGAUAUACAGAUAAUGCUAGAGUUUUCUUCAAAUAUCGUCAUGACCUAGGACGAGGCUAUUGGAGCUUCAAAAUACACAACUGGAACAGCACACACCUUUUCCUAAAAAGAUACACAUUGUGGUGCUACACAAACCUGGUUGAAUACCAAUCCCUUGAAAUAUACCAAAUGUAGACAACAGAAGUCCGGGGAACGGACAGGACAUCCAUUCCACUUUUUUCUCUUUUUUAAUAGUUUUAUUUUUUACCAUUCAACACCAAACAAACACCAGACAAGUUCUUCUAACUCCAGAAGGAGCAUCUUGAUUUUUGUGUUGUUCUAAGUAAAGAAGGAGAGUUAGAACCUUGAUAGUCCUGGUGCUGUCCAGCUGGCAUAAGAUACUAGACUCGUUCGAGCCUCUGUAUCUUAUUUAGCAUUUUGUUUGUUGGUUAUUUUUUACCAUUGUCUGAGUUCAUCUGCAGCUCUGCAAGAGGGACAACACAAAAAGCACUAGUGCAUCUUCUCCAGGUCUUUCAAAAACUACAAAUGUGAAGUUUUCAAGCUGCAUGUUCAAUCGUUCCAUGCAAGGGAUUAACCAGGGGUGCCUCAGAGAUAGUAAUAAUCAAAUGCAAUAUGCACUUUGAGUUUUUAAAGUAUGGGACAGAGGAGAAAGCUCAAAGGACCAGAGGGAAACCCGGGCCAGUAAGUGGGAGGACAAAAAAAGGCCAGACCCCAAAAAGGAGAGAGGUGAUAAAUGCUAGUGGUAAAAAUGGGAGCAACCAAAACACUGACUUUGAAGAAUUAUCCCUAUAGAAUUGCCUUAUCUACAAGUUUUCCUGGAUACACAUCAUUUUAUAGUGUUGAUGGACAGCACAUGACAAGUAUGUAGAAUUUAUCUGAGGCAGGAUUCCUUACUUGACUUACAGGCUGGAUAAAAAUAGAUGAUUUAAAAAACAGAAAAAUAGAAUUUUUUUCUUAUUUUUUUUUUUUUUUACCUUAAAUCAGAUUUAUUUUAAUAAAAUGCUUUUGAAUUAUAGUUUCCUAUUCAAGAUAAAUUAUAGUCCAAAAUUUGUUCAGCAUGAAAUAUUGAUUAGCUAUGUACCAUGAGGUUGUAUAUAUGUGCAAUAUUUAUAUUUUUGGUAAAUUAAUCCCAUUUAUCAUGGACACACCUUUAAUAGUUCUUCCCUGAACAUGAGUGAUUAAUCUAACGAACUGGAGAUUGUUCACCUUGCAAUUAUCUCAUCAUUAUCUGUCUAUAGUAUGUAUUUCUAAUGUUUUCUAACAAAAUAAGUUCUGGUAUAACUGUUAAACUAAUCUGAAAAGUUAUUAUUAUAAAUAUGAAAUCUGGUUACAAAUAUUAAACAUUAUAACAUCCAGCAGAGUCUAUAAAUUUAAAAAAACAAACAAACAUGAUUUAAAUCAACUUGUCUUAAAUUGAAUCCAGCCUGUUGUAUAAUCACUUAAUUUUCUACCUCCAGCAUUUGGAGUCUAUAUAUAGUAUGGUAUAGCACUUUUCAUGACCUGCCCAUCAAUAUAUAUAUGAUACCAUAGCUAGCUGUCCAUUAACACAUGGUGGAUCUGACAGCGUUAGUUUCACUAAAUCCAAAUGUGGCAGAGUUUGGGUAAUCUCAGGUGUCGUUUUAUGAAAGAGCAGGGAUUAGACAGACUUUUUGAAAGAGAAGAACCAAAUGGGGGAAAUCAGACAAUUAAAGUUAAGACAAAAAAAAAACGUACUGAUUUUAAACCGCAGGUGAAGGAUUAAACCACUCUAUAAAAUAAGCGCAAUCUUUGCCAAAUAGUCAAUUGUGAUGAACUGAACAAGAUAUUGCAAAAUUUAUCCUAAAUUAGCCAAGAUUUGAAAAUAUCAGAUUUAAUUAAUUUUACCAGCUUUGCAUAAAUUUGGGAGUUUGGUGAUCAGGUCACCCCAAUAGUCUGGUUAGUGAACCAUGCAGGAGACAUCAUAUUGCUUCAAGAUGCGUCUAAAGCAGGGGUUCCCAACCCAAUCCUCAAGCCCCUAUUAGUCCAGGAUUUAGGGAUCACCCUGUUGUGUUUAACCCCUUAAGGACACAUGGCAUGUGUGACAUGUCAUGAUUCCCUUUUAUUCCAGAAGUUUGGUCCUUAAGGGGUUAAAGGGACACUCCAGGCACCCAGACAACUUUUGCCCAUUGGUUUGGGUGCCAAGUCCCACUACCCUUAACCCUGCAAGUGUAUUUAUUACAGUUUUCAUAAAGUGCAAUAUUUACAUUGCAGGGUUAAGUCCUCCUCUAGUGGCUGUCUACUAGAGGGACUUCCAUGUUCAUGGAACACGAAAAAUUUGUUAUACGACGCAGAGAGUAGGCAGAGCCUGACCCAGAGCCGAGGGACUCCAGUAAGUCACUGAAGGGGUUUUAACCCCUUCAGCAACUUGGGAUGGGGGGUGGGUGGGAGAGGGGCAAUUCAGGAACCUGCAUUACCAGGAAAAUGAAUAUGUUUUCCUGACACUGGAGAAUUCCUUUAAAGUGUUUUUAUCUUUUUCUAAAACACCUUAGACACAACUGGGUAAUCCCUAAAUCCUGGACUGCUAGGGGGUAGUUGAUGACUGGGUUGGGAACCACUGAUCUAAAGGGUUUAUUUACUGAAAGUGGGUGGUUUAACAUUGUAAAAACUGAAUAACAAAUUUAUAAUAUUUUUAUUUUAUUUUUUAAAGUACAAUUUCAGUUUAUCAUUCACGUUUUAAUGAAUAAAUGUGUAGUUUUCGGUACAGCUAAAUUUGGAAGUAACCUUUUAAAUAGAACAUGUCUUCAAAAUAGAAUGUGGUCAACAUUGGUGGACGCAGAAGGGAACAGAUUGGCUAGCUGUUAUUAAUGCUUGUUUGCAGCCGCCUUUAUUGCUAAGUUCCUGAAAAAUCUAGCACUCUGUUCUCAAAGGUUAUAAUGUGUCUGGCAUCUUUACAGUUUACUGUGCAAAUAUGUGCUAAGAUAAUGUAUGUGAUUAGAACAUGAAUAAUGCCGUAAUAUUGUAUUUGUCUGUAAAAUUCAGCACGAUUGUAAUAUAAGGUUAAUGGUUUACAGGAAUACAAAAUAACACCGGCUAUUCUCUAAACUGCAUAUUGGAGAGAACCGACAAGAGAAGCAAGUGUUAAAAUAGUCAAAGUGCUAAUUCUCUAAACUGCAUAUUGGAGAGAACCGACAAGAGAAGCAAGUGUUAAAAUAGUCAAAGUGCUAAUUUCUCAAAUUCAAACUUGCCAUUCCUUUGUCAAUUUUACACAAUUCUCCGUUAAGUGAAUAGACCCAAAAUACCCUUUGCAUGGGAUAGUCACAAACUGGGUUACUAUUGUGCAGUCUGAUCAGUGAUUUCUUAUAAAAUAUGCAUUCUUCAGGGCUGCAUUCAAUAAAGUAAAAUUUCUGAUAAAAUGCUGAAGUUGUAAAAUGCGUUGGACUCUGUGUUGGCACUGUGUAGUGUAGUAUAUUCAUAUUUUGGGGGGUUUCCCCAUCUUUAAUGACCCAGCCUCUCAGGGUAUGCACAGUGGAUUUCUGAAACGCUCCCAGUUGGCUAUAAAAGUACUGAGUUAAUUACACAUAGCAUGCAAACUUCUGGAAUAAAAGGGAAUCAUGACAUGUCACACAUGUCAUGUGUCCUUAAGGGGUUAAUGAUGCGCCUAUGGGGGGGAUUUCCACCUGCUGUCUCAAGAAGCAGGACCCCAGAGAACAAACUGGGACAACAGGAUAGGGACUGUCACACUGAAUCCAGGAGAGUUGUGCAGUUUGCUUUAAAAGAUUUAAUUGAUGUAGGAAAUAUAUACAUGUAUAGAUUUUGUAAAAAUAUUUAUACAUGAUGCCAUGAUUGUUACAAAUGCUGUAUUCGCUCUAAGUGUCUGUCUGGCACAUGUACGGUGAACAAGCUAUUAUAAUGUAGAUAACUAAUGUCUGAAAAGAGACUCUGUGAGUCGAGUAUUGGCUUGCCUCCUUCCAAAGCCUCAGGUAGAAAGAAAUAGAAUAAAUGUAAAUGAAACAUGCCUCUACUGGCCCAUCCGACUCCCCAGCCAUAGGUCAGAUACCAGCCACAUAUAAUGCUUUGCGGCAUUAUCAGUAUCAGGAAUGAAAAAGAUCAUUGCAACAUCAGGAAUGAGAUAAGUUGCUGGGGACAUUUCACGAGGGAACACAAAACUACCGUAGUGUUUAUUAAAGGUAAACUUUAGUGCCAGGAAAACAAAGUUGUCUUCCUAGCACUAUAGCACCCUAAAAUGCCCCUCUAUGGCUAGCCACCUCCCCCCAACUCCCCCCUCCGUGGUGCAGAUGGGAUUAAAAACCUCUUCUGUCAAUUACCUGAGUUUAGUGCUGAUGUCACUCCGGCUCCGCUCCUCCCCUGCCGACAUCAGCCGGCGGGGGAGACCUAAUGCUCAUGCGUGGCAAUGGCCGCCCUUGCGUUAGUACUUCCCCAUAGGGUGACGCAGGAUAUCCUGGUCACUCUGGUACACAGCAACAAGAGGUGGAGUUAACCCACAAAUGAUUGCAGUUCCUUAAAAACGACAAUAAUUACCUUUGCAGGGUUAAGGGACCUGAGAAUAUGCACCCAGACCACUUCAAUGAGCUGAAGUGGUUUGGGUGCCUAUAGUGUCCCUGUAACUAAGCCGUGCAUUUAAAAAAAAAAAGUUUUUUUUAAAAAUUCUUUAUUUUUGUGGUGCUUCGUUGCAUAAAUGAGAUUUGGCUAUACAAUAGGUUCACGUUGUUCACGGGAAAGUAACAAGUUUUGAGUUGUUGAGUUUUCAGCACUGUUUUAAAGUUACAACAAUCAAACAGUUAUGCCACACAGUGAGUAAUACUUAUAGACAAAAUACACUUAAAGGACCACUAUAGUGCCAGGAAAAUAAACUCGUUUUCCUGGCACUAUAGUGUUAAUAGGUCCCCCCCACCCUCAUGGCCCCCCUCCUGCUGGGCUCUAGGGGUAGGAAGGGGUUAAACGCUUACCUUUCUCCAGCACGGGCUCCCUCGGCGCUGGGGACUCUCCUCCUUUUUCCGACGUUAUCGGAUGAAUGCGCAUGCACGGCAAGAGCCACGCGCGCAGUCAGUCCAUAGAAAAGCAUUUCUCAAUGCUUUCCUAUGGACGCUGGCGUCUUCUCACUGUGAAAACUGCUAUGUUUACUGCAAAAAGGGUUAACCCUAACUGGACCUGGCACCCAGACCACUUCAUUAAGCUGAAGUGGUCUGGGUGCCUUGAGUGGUUCUUUAAAUGAGUACAUAAUAUGGCAAAGACUUAAGCGUUUGAAAAUAUUGUCCAGCCAAGCAGUCUUGUCUCACGUAUGAGUGAUGCUAAGAUUUAACCCAGUUAGGGUAGCGCAAGAAACCUAGUCAAGAAGCAUAAACCUGUCUCUGGUAUGGGUAAAGUCAGCUAGGCAAGAGGCUCACAGUCCGUGAGGAGUGCUACACAACAUGGUUUGCAUUCAUGUCUAAGGAGGUCACUGGAACCCGUCACGCUAUAAGACCUUGAUAUCACAUAGAUAAGAGUGGUAGUUGCAGUCAAACAUAAGCAAAAAAAAAAUUUAAACACAAUAACUUUUAACAUAAUAAGGAGCUGGACGUUGUCUUCUGACUGCAGGGUGGCUCUUGCUAGCUGUAGAGCUGUAGCUUGUCAGCAGUCAUCCGAUUCCCCUGCUUGGGAUGUGUACUGGUAUUGCAUAAAGGGUCGGACAGGCUAAUGAGGCUUUGCCUAACUAGCCUAAUAAACAAGAUGCUGAUGUUAAGCUUAACAUGACUUGUAACGUUGGGUGUAAAAGCUGUAUCACACGCAAAUACAUUUUUCGUAGUGGAAAAGCAGGAUGCUCGCUAUUGCAUAGACUUCAGUUUAACUGAUUAACAAUAGGGUCACAAGCUAGUGGUAGUAAAGGACACAAUAGUCACCAGACUGCUUAAUGCAGUAGUUCUGGUGUCUAUAGUCGGUCCCAGCAGGCUGAGCAAUGUAAACACUGCCUUUUCAGAGACUGGCAUGGUGCUGGAAAAAAAAGGUAACUAAGAUACCUUUUCAAAAGGGAGGCAAGGGGGUGCGGACACCUAAAUAGUGAUUCACCACUAUAGUGUUCCUUUAAAUAAAGCCGGUUCUUCCCUUAAAAUUAUCGUGAAGGGGUUGAACAUUUAGCAACUGUCCUCACAAUUCAGUUCAGUCCUGGCGUAGCCAGGUCUUACAUUGUAAUGGAGGAGGAGAGACCGAAAUAGCAAGUAUUUCCUAAGGCUGGGAUAUUUGCCAUAAACCUUUGUUGUGCAGGGCAUUGUGGGAUGUCAGACCAGAUCCUUAUUAGUGGAGCCUCUUUUUGGUAAAGGAAAACCCUUAACGCUCUUGACAAUUGCUGUGAUCUUUUAAGACCAGCAUUAAGUUUAUUUACCUUUUAAUACACUUUCUUUUAAAAGGCUUCAAUCUGAUUAUUAUUUUUUCACACCCUGCACUGCUAUGACACAAGCUAGGAAGAAACACUCAGUAAUGCAAACCACUCACACAGAGAUGGUGUAGUACAUGAGUGUAACUAAAUAUUAUAGAUAGGGGACUAUACCCAGAAACUGUACCUGAGUACUAGCCCUCUCUCUCCGUGCCAGAUUCAGGAUACAAAUAGACUGCCCCAACCUGCAUACUCUAUUUUGGAACUCCAGGCCAGAGUAGAAAAACUGGAGACAUAGAUGACUUUUCCUUUGAAAUUUCCAUUUGAGCUAGUUUGCCCUUAAAGGGACACUCCAAUGCACAAAUACAAAAUAAAUAAAAAUCACUGUUUAGUAGAUAUACCCCAAAUGAAAACUUGCAUGCAUUUAAUUAUGCUUUUUUCCCUUUGGAAUUAUAUAUAUAUAUAAUCAGCUUGCAAAAACUGAAGAUAUCUUGUCUGCAGCUGUUGUAAGCCCUCCUCUUCUAACGCCGCCCAGACUUUAUGUGACUGUCCAAUCGCAGACUUCCUAAUGCAGCUCAAGUCAGGUGCUCUAAACAAUUGGCGCCUCUUGAGUUCAGUGCAAAUAAGCUAACCAAACCAGGAAGUAACAGGACCUGUCAUCUGCUUGAAAAGCCAGGGGGUGUAACAAGAUUAACUUAUAACACUGUCUAUUUCUGUUGAAAUCUGAACUUUUUCCAAAAUGAAAAAAAGAGCACACACUCUUCACACGUAAAGAUUUUCAUCUUGCUAAAGUGCUGACAGGGGUCUGAAGUGUCCCAACAAUUCGCUCUUUAGUGAAAAACUACUUUCAGUUUGGCUGUUUUUGGCCUAAGAUGUGAAAUUCACUUGUAAUUCUUAAAUAAUUAACAUUUUAGUAAUUACGUCUUAGUUGGCCCUAAUGUUUGAUUAUUUUACCUUUUUUUUAAUUUUAUUUUAAAGGUUUUCAGACCAAAGAUGAUGUCUACUGCUUCUCUCUCGCUAAAGCACUCUAUAAUGCCUCAACUCCCGUGACAGUAGGAUUUUAUGCUCCCUGGGGUAGAAGAAAAGACAUCCUUCUCAACAAGAUCGAAAGUAAGCACUGUGUCUCAAAAAGUAUAUCUAAUACACAACACAGGAGCAGCAUAUAGAAAAAAACAAUAAAACAUAGUUUGAAAUUGUGUACUUAACGCCACUUAUCUCAAUUUAAUUAUUAUUUUUAUUUUUUUUUAAUGGGGUUUUAGUCACAUAAUAUGGUAUAAUGUGUCAAGCCACCAGAUAAAAACAUAUAAAGUAUAAUGAAAAAAAAAGCAAACAACAAUACCAUUUAAUAUGAGUUUUAUGUUUAUUAUGAGAGCAUUUCCAAUGUUUGAAAUGACAUUUUGUGACGUUGCUUUCUAUCUGUUGUCACAGCAUAUUUGUAUGAAGAAUCAUGGAAAAAGGAGAGGGCAGAAGUCCUAAACUCAGGCUUGAAGACAAGAAAAACUUCUGGAAAAGACCUUCUUACUCUUCUUUUCCUUCUGGUUUUUCACAAUCCAGUUAUCACCGAAAAGCACAAACAAAGGAAAAACAUCCGUUUUGUCGUCAUUCGGUUUAGUGCAUGGGAAUUUGCAGGGAGCGACCAGCUUUGGGCCGGGCUGGUCACUACGCUCUGCGAUGGCAUAGAGAAUUACUUUGGACUAGCUCCCAUUAGUGUCUACAGAGCUGUCGGUCGGAAAACAAAAAUUUUCGAUGGCAUGUACCAGCAGGAGUGGGUUAGUAAGAAGUUCUUAUGCAUCCCAUUGUGGCUGGCUACAUUAUUUGUCAUUUUAGUGGGUAUCACUGUUGGUGCUUUGAUUAUGAUUUUUGGUUUUCCAGUUGGUGACCUCUCUGGGGAUCUCCUUUCAGCUGCCGAAGGUGUUGGGGCAACAGUGGUUGGCAUCUCCGCAGCUGGAGCAAUUAGAAUAGCUAUUGUAGUGAUGAGAAAUGCCGUAGUCACACAGAAAGGCAAGGUGCAGCAAAAGAUGAACCGAACAGACAUGAGUUCGCAGUUGGGUUUCAUGAAUGAUGUCAAGAGAGAAGUUAAGAUCAUAACUCGUUAUAUUCAACUCAUAGAGGUCUUUCAAAGACAGAAAAUAAGAGUGGUCCUCGAAAUCACUAACCUGGAUAAAUGCAUGCCAGAUAAAAUAGUAGGUGUCCUAAAUGCCAUGAAUAUUCUUCUCUCUGACCCAAAUGCACCAUUUAUUUCCAUCCUGGCUGUGGAUCCUAGCAUCAUCGUAGAUUGUGUAGAGAGCUCACAGAUGCUGAAGGGCAUUGCCAAUAAUGGCUACCAAUUUCUAAAUCGUAUUAUAUCACUUCCCUUCUCCAUCCCAAAAAUGGAUUGCUGCACCAAAAUAAAUGUGCUAAGACACAUCAUUGAGAACAGACAAGAGAUAGCAAGUGACGUGGAGGAUGGAGAAAUGCCAUUAAAUGUUGAGGUGGUGCCAAAUGAGAAAGACCAACUUCUUCGGAACAGGUCAAACAAUAAAAAUGAAUAUGGUUUCAUUAAUGUUCCUUUAAGGGAAAUGAGCUGUGAUGAUCUAAAUCCAUCCAACAGCUCAUUGGCUGACAAAGGCCCAAAGACCAAAGCCUUAAUAGAGGAAGCUUUCCAACACCUCUUUGAUGAGAGCAUGAAGGAAUACUUAACUGAUAAUGUUGUUCAUAUACGACGGGUUGUAAAUUCCAUCACAAUCACUAUCAGGCUGAUGAUCAGGAAGGUACCAAGAAAUGUGAUAAAUCCUCAGAAGGUAGCCAAAUGGGUUAUUUUGGUAACUCAAUGGCCAUGUCGUUUGAGCUGGGUUCUGCAGUGCAUUGAAGAUGAACAACAGAGAAGGUGUCUUGAAAGUCCAGGAAGUCAAUCCGGCUCAUAUAGUAAUAUAUCAUUGUGGGAAGUGUUUGAGAAGUCUUUGGAAGAGUUGGAUGCUAUAAAGUCAAGCCUCAAGAACCUUCUUGAACUAGAUGGAGAUCCAGAGAUCUUUCACCAACUGUUACGAGACAACUUCAAAGUGGAAGAUGUUGACUUCCUUCUGCCCUCUACAGUCAAUUUAGAUUAUUCAAUAAAGAGAAAAAUGGAGCUUCUGCGAGGCAGUAACAACCUUUGGGAGAACAAGAAAUCCAACAGACUAACUAUGCUGUCUUUGUUGAGCAUGAGUGUAUCGGAGGUCUGUGAAGAAGUAAGUCUCACUCUGUGUCAUUAUUUGUGUGUAGGAAUUUUCAGGGCAUGUUUAUGCUUUUUAUAAAACGUUGCUUAAGUUAAAGAAUGUAUGGUAUCAAAGGUAAAUGGUCGUCUGGAUCUGACCACCAAUAUUUGAUUUUAAUAUUGACCUGUAUCCUGGAAAAAUGUUUAACCAAUAGAGCAUUCAGGUUAUAUAUUUUAAUGGUUUUGCUGUUUCUUCUUUUGAAAAACUUGCAUUUCCUACUGCAAUUGUCUGCUUCACAUAGAUAUUCAUAUAUUUCUAUAAAUUUCAAUGCGCAAAAACUGAAAAGGGGAAAGUCCUAGAUAUGACCCUGUAACUUUUUAAACCCCCCAUAAAACCUGUACAUGGGGGGUACCAUCAUAUUUGUGAGACAUUGCUGAACACAUAUGUUUGAUUGCAGUACAAUCUAACAGUAUUGACAUUCACAGUUAAAAUGCCAUGUAGAACAAUGUCUUACUUUCUCACACUUUUUCAUUUAUUUUAUUUUUUUUAAUUCAUAUUAAGUUGUUUCAUAUAUGAAUAUUUGAUGUGAAAUGAAAGCCCUGUUUCUCCUGAACAAAAAUAUGUACAAGUUUGGGUUCACUUAAUAUGAAGAGGUGAAUUACGGUUGAACAGUUUUAUUUUGAUUCAGAACCUGUACAAUUGCCUCCGUUCUAAAGGAGUACAGAGCUAUGUUUGUUUUUGUCACAGGCUAACUCCCAUUCUGUAACUUUCAGAUAUAAUCUAAACAGUAUGCUCAUUUAGACCUAUUUCAACCCACUGCUCUCUUGAUCCUUUAUCAUAUCCUUCCUUUGGAUCCAAACAUGCAUUUUAAAGAGCAUUAAUGCAUAUCCUAUUGAAUCCUUAUUGUUUUUGAACGAAUAUUCUAACAUUUUUUCUUCUCUUUUAGAUGAAGAAGCUUGGUUUUGCGGAUAAGAAUCUUACGCGGUAUCGAGACCUAAUAAAGUCGCACAAUCUUAAUGGGAGAGCCCUUGUCUACAGUGAUAACAGUGAGAUAAAAGAGGUCUUGGGGAUGGGCCUAGGAGACUGGACACUCUUUAGUGUGUACUUUUUAGGUGUCCUCCCUCCACCUGUAGUCCCUACAUCUGCCCCAGUAAUUAGCACUCAGGAUGCCCAAAAACAUAUUCGAUCCAAAGACAACCUUCUCCAGGAGAGCAAGCUAAAUCUUUACAUUUCAAAAGAGGAUCUUGCAUAAGAGGAACUGUUUUCUUUUUUUGUUAGCAGUAUGUGGAUUUUUUAUUUUAUUUCAACUAUGCCUUUGCUCUAUGGUACAUGCCAUUUUUUUAAAAAAAAUGUCUUCACAGGUAGCUAAACUGAGCGAUUUCACACAACUAACUUUGAUUACGUUGCUAAUGUAAUGUCAACCCACUGGUGAGGCAUACAAGUUGUCUGUUAUUAAAAGCGCACAUCUGGUUUUACAACAUGUGCCUAUAGUGACCCUUUAAUGUGUUCACCUCUCAUGUUUUGAUUGUUUUUGUAUGCAAAUUAAAAAUAAAACCUCCCAUUUUCUCAUGCCCAUACCCCAUCUGCUGUUUUUUUCCAUUCUUGCUGCAAUAAAGCAGAUGUAUAGCAAUUCUAUCCCAAAAAGUUGUAUGUACUCUCGGCACUCCAGAUGCUGUGGACUACAUCUCCCUUGAUGCUUUGCCAGUAUUAUAGCUGGAAGAGCAUUACAUCUGGAUUGCCAAAGGCUGCCUAGCCCUGUAAUAGAUCAUACACUAUCCCAGAGCCCCCACUUACUGCACUCCCAUUAACGUUGCAUCUAAAACACUCGAACAGGGAUAUUCGCUAAAAUGAGAAUUGCAACAAAUUCCGAGUGAAUUUCUAAAUUUAAAGCCACAGUUGCCAAAUUGAUAAUAUAUCGACUUUGAUUCCAGGCUAGGUAUAUUGGCCUUUAAAUUGUGAAAUUCUAUUUGUUUUUCCAAAAAUUGCCACUUUACUGAAAACCCUGUAAACCUUUUGAAUACCCUUGCUACAAAUUAUCACACCUGUCGUCCUUUCCUUCACCCUUAUGCCUAGUGGAUAAUAACCUAGCACUUCUGCCGAAGAUUACACACUAAAGCUCUUUAACUACUAUCCCUCCAUGCGGAACGUCAAGGACUGCACAACUACCAGAUAAGGUUUCAUUUCUUCUUUGACGAGUCAGAUAUGAACUGUGUAGUAUUGUUAAGCAGAUCUCCCAAACUAAUCAAGUCCCCAUGAUCUCAUUUAAAAACUAUAUUUUUCCUCGUUCAAAACCCUUUCACUGGAUGUGUCUAAAUAUUUAGGAGAGGAAUUUAUGUUCAUUUUUGAUGUAUUUAAUAUUUUACUUAAUGUUGCAAUUUGCUUUGAUUUACCCCCAUUUCCCUUUUUGUGUCUGUGAUUCCUCCUACAAAUUUAAAUUAAUAAAAAUAUUUUCAAAAUAUUAAAAUGUCAUAAACAUUCCAUACGAGAAACACUUGACAGGUCAUAGAAUGUCUAAGGUAAGUCCACAAGUUCUUUACAGGCAUACCCCGCUUUAAAUACACUCACUUUAAGUACACUCGCGAGUACAGACAUACCCGCGAGUGUACGUAAAGGUGCCUCGCGAGUACAGACAUUCCCGUGCCUCUUUUGUGCGCGAGUGAACAGGAAAUGGAAGGUUCUAUUCUCGCCCGGAGCAGCUCAGUUCAGUGUUUUUGGGGCAAGAACUUUUCACACCUUCUGACAUGGCACAGGUUAAUCUUCUCAAAUUUAUAAUGCUUCACCUAGCUGAAUAUAUAUAUAUAUAUAUAUAUAUAAAAAAAAAUAAGAAAAAUAAUCCUGCACUCCAUAUACCAAGAAUAUAUUUGCCCGGUGCUUGUCAAGCAAAAUAUAUAUAUAUAUAUAUAUAUAUAUAUAUAUAUAUAUAUAUAUAUAUAUAUAUAUAUAUAUAUAUAUAUAUAUAUAUAUAUAUAUAUAUAGAGGAAGGCAUGACCUGAAGUUGUGGGAGGGACUAUAGACCUAUAAAAGGGACUCCCAUACUUACCUUUGUUGGUCAGACGACUAGACUGUUCGAGGUCAGCAUUUGCAUGAGAUCCACUUCCAGGUCAUACAAGACGCCAUUUUGGUUUCACCUUUGCUCAAUGAGGUCUCCUACUCAAAGCUGUGUCCAGGAAUCAUGCAGCAGGGCUUUCCGUUAAUCUAGUGGCUUUCUCUCCGGUCAGCUUUACAUUUGGUGUUUCAGGGACUCUCAAACCAUAAGUUGACCCACCUGUCGCACCAGAAUUAGUUCUCACGGCGUUCAGCACAGCACGGGUCCUAACAUUACGGUUUCCUUUCGUUUUGCACGGUUAUUUCGUUACCUUAUACUCACAUAGCUGUUCAUGUAAAAUCUGUUGUAUAAAAUCUGUUUUGGUUACAAUCUGUUGGGUUAAAAUCUGUUCGGUUAAAACUACAAACGAAUUACAAUUUUUCGCCUAUACACUGACCCCUACCGGUCUUUUGGUAUACUACAGGCUUCUUAGACAUUAUCGCAUUUCAUGUACAAAUCAACGAACCACUGCAUUUUCACCUACACACUGACUCCUACCGGUCAUUCGGUGUACUACAGGCUUCUCAGACAUUAUUGCAUUUCAUGUACUAACCAACGAACCACUGCAUUUUCGCCUACACACUGACCCCUACCGGUCUUUUGGUGUACUACAGGCUUCUUAGACAUUAUCGCAUUUCAUGUACAAACCAACGAACCACGGCAUUUUCGCCUACAUGCUGACCCCUACCGAUCAAUCGUAUACUACAGGCUUCUCAGACUUUAUUUCACUUCAUAAGCAAACAGACUAACUACAGCGUUUUUGCUUUUAUACUGACUCCUAUCUGUCAAACGGUAUACUGCAGGCUUUUCAGACAUUUGGUUAUUCCCCUCAUAACAUUCCCAUUAUAAUUACACAAUAACACUUCCUUACAACUCAUGCUUGCUAUGAUAUAAUCAUUCCUGCAUACCUGCCUACAUAUGCAUUUAGUUACAUUUACUGACAAUUACCCAAGAAUGCACAUACUAUUUAAAGCACUAUGCAGGAUUCCAGAGUCUAAUACGGAAUAUUUGCAUGUUUCCAUGCUUAAAAUAUAAGUCCUUCUAACGUAUUUUCACAUAUUAGGUUAUUCAGCUGCCAGUUAUGGUUCACUACACUCAUGUUUCGGGGUACAGUUGUAUUCCAUAUCACACAUGAUAUAACACUCCCGACAAGUUAAUUUCCUUCAAACAGGGGCAUUACAAGCAUUCAAUAAACAUUGGGACGGAGCACUUUGCUCUAUUAAACUUGCAUAACACACAUAUGGGUAUACGCUUUUAAAUGUCUAUAUUCAAUUUUCAUACAUUCUUUUAACAUCCGGGAUACAGGUAUCAAUAACCCUAACGACCAGUAAGGGUAUCUAAUCAUACUACCAGGUACAUACACCUGCUCAUGUGGUAUAUACAUACAUUUUCUGUUUCCCCCUGGGUAUAGCCUUAGCGUACCGGCAAUUAGGGACUAUAGGUUUCCAAUAGGUAUUCUCCUUUCUUGGCAUCUACGCCUGUCGUAAAGUGGUCCCGCAAGGCCAACACCCCACCUCAAUGCUCGGAGGCAAACACCCAUCGGGCCACUUGUGAGCUAGCCGCCUCGCAUGGUAUAUAUAGAGGGCCUCACCUGUCACUCCCUUCCCCUUUUUUCUGGUUACAGUCACCGAGAGGCCAACAUCCUACCAAUACAUUUGGUGGCCACAAAAAUCCCCUCGCGCCAUUGCAUAGAUAGAGCCUCUAAAGCCACUUGGCAACUAGCAGGGCCUCACCUGUCACCAAACAAAGGAUUAAUUGUUUCACCAUGCGGCUUUAGUUAGCAAGCCAGUACUAGCACACUGUGGGUUCAUAUAAUAAUGGCUAUCUUCAUAUUUUUUAGUAUGUAUCAAGCAGGUGGUAAGGAUUUCUCUCUACCUAACACUCCAGCUAGAGUCAACACACUUUCACUUGGAGAAGAUGUUGCUAGUCCCACACUACAAUUUUGUCCCAACACAGCGGACGAUCACGUUUCAGGCUCCAGGCUCUAGCACCUCUGGUAGUACGUAGAGAACUACCAGAGACAAAUUGGGUCGUCUCAUUCUCUUUGGCAAAUCCCAGAUUGGCAACAAUUUCCAUGUUGGCACAUGUAGUUUCAGUGCAUGCAGACUGUUGCAGAUAUGUUCUCAAUAUGUCAGGGCACAUGCAAAAACCAUGUGUCCCAAUAAAUGUACCCUGAACCUUACUUCACGUCUGUAAACAUUAUGCAUUUCCAGUACUUUCUAGCUCAUCACCCUUCCAGACAUUUAGUUGAUUUCCUAAUCUCCGAAUUUUAAAGGCCUUCCGUACAGGUAUUGCCAUAUACUUUUGGGGGAAUCUAGAAUGCCCUAACUUGCAGUCAUCACAGCAGCAUCCAACAGCUGGCAUUACACUCAUGGCCCAAGAAAUGGCAGAAAGAUUUCUACCUGUGCCUCUCCGAUCUACACCAUUUACAGCGUGGCGCAAUCCCAUUGGGAUUGUCACAGGGAAUCUUCCCUCACACUGUAACUGAUCAUAGACUUAUCUGCACCUCACGCCUCGGCUACCCCAAGUCUCAACUCCCUCAUACCCUCUGAGAAGUUUUCAUUACAGUAUGCCACCAUUGUUCAUACCAUUACAACUAUCACUCAAGCGGGGGGGGGGAAGCCUGGUUAAGUAAAACUGAUAACACAAACGCAUUUUAGACUGCCACCAUCCACCCUACACUGGCACUUACAGGGCAUUUAUGGGAAGCAGUUAUAUAUUUCUUCUCCCGCUUAACUUUCGGGUCAAGAGCAGCCCACAAUCUUCAAUAUAUUCGUUGAACUCUUUGCUGGUUGUGGUUAAACAUAUCCAGAUGCCCCACAGUCAUACACUCCCGAGAUGAUUUCUUGUUGGUCAAAGGGAACGCCUUUCCCUCUAGAAGCUUCAAGGAAGCCAUUAGUAUGUCUGAACACUUGGGUGUCCCAGUAUUCCCUAAGGUCACAGAAGACCCAAACACUAUCGUUACAUUCCUGGGAAUACAACUUGACUCGGCAUCCAUGCCAACAAGUUACCACGUGAGAAAUAGGAACAGUCGCAACAACACCAAUUACCACCUCCUGCUUGGUACGUGCAACCGCAUGGAACUACAAUCCCUACAAGGUUCCUUAAAUUUUGCCAUGUGCAUCAUACCGCAGGCCGCGCCUUCAUCUAAGACCACUUUGCUUUUUCCACACUCACGCAUGAUGAUCAAGGGCUGUCCCUAGACACUAUGUCCGUUCCCUUCCUAAAACUAAGACGAGUCAGAUGGGCGAGCCAGUGCAUAUAACCAACUACCUUACAAGCAAUGCUGGGUGCCCGGUUAAGGUACUGGUUACAUUCUUGGGCACGCCACCAUAUGCACCACUGAACCAUUACGGUCGCUGUACGAUACUGUCCUUACCACAGGUAAGUUCAUGCACUAUGUCCACCUACUCAUUCACCAGGCUCGAACUAAACCCUAGCGACUACUCAGGGCACUCCUUUAGGAUAGGAGCAGCCUCCACGGCCUAUAGCCAAGACAUCCCCACGCACGUUAAGACACGGGGCCGCUGGGAAUCAUAGGCUUAUGCGACUUACAUACCACAGCCGAUUCAGGAAUUAGCUUUCAUUAAAAUGUCUACCUGAUGGUUAACAAAUGCACUAUGAUCCUGUAUAAUGUUUUGCAUUAAUAUGUCUCUUUUUGUCCACUUUUUAGCAGCCUACAGCAUACGUCGGUUUUGGCACACCUCAACCGAUUAUUCCUAAAGCUACAUCUCUACAACCCAUCUUAUUCUAUAUCAUAUGAGAAUGCCCCAAACACAAAUUAUAUAUAUAUAUAUAUAUAUAUAUAUAUAUAUAUAUAUAUUUUUUUUUUUUUUAAUUUUCUGUCCCUACAUUGUCCAUAUUCUGCAAUCGGCGACAUCAUUAACUAUGACUUAGCAGCUUGGCUGCAAUAGCCAUAAUCUUGAGGAUUCAAAGUUAAACCACAAAUGCUUAAAGUGAUGAAGAGGUGUUUCUAAAUAAAGUGUGCAACUAAGCUGCUAACAAAUACAAAUGGUCACCGUAUUGACAGAAAAUGGUCCAGUGGGCAGGUUUAUUUUACUUUUCUGCCCAGUUUAAGGUUGUCAGAUGAGUAAAACAAUAAAGAUAAAUGGCACAAUCUGGAAUGAGAUUUUUUUUUUUUACUGUUUGUUUUAACUGAAUAAAAGCCCAUUGGAAAUCACUAAAUAAAUCACUGGAAAUCUGCAGUUGCAGUAUCAGUUAUGCCUGUAAAUUAGUAUUGCAAUGCAGUACAUGCAUUGGGAAGUUAAAAAAGGUAUUGCAUUACUUUAAAUACAUUUUCGUUUUACAUUCAUGCUCUGGUCCCAUUGUGUACUUAAAAGCGGGGUAUGCCUGUAUAUAUUCUGUGAACCAACCCACUCUAAAAGCAGAUCUGAAUGUUGUUUUUAGUAUAUAAAAUAAAUUAUUGAAAUAUGACUUGAAGGGCAGAUUCUGAUGUUUUUCCCGACAAGGGACUCAUUGCAUUCUUUUAGAGGUAAAAGCACAUAAGCAAAUUAAAUAAUAAAUAGAAUUUCCAGUUCAACUGAUUAAGUAGGAAAAAAUACGCAUUAUACAGGGUGGAAUCCAAUGCUCUGGUCCUUGAGGGACUGUUUUUGUGGGAUGGCAGGCAGGGCUGGGUAACCAUUGGGUUAACAGCGCCUCACAUAAAUUGUCUGCCAGCCAAAAAUACAGCAUGUGCCAGGCAAUGAUUUAAUGGAAACUGGUGAGCAGGUGAAAGUCCAUCUUGAUAUAAGGAUUAUUGACCAAAUAGACCUAAUUGUUAUUAACACUACUCUGGUUUAUUUAUAAUAAAAUAAAUAAAUAGCUCAAACUCAUUAAACUUGUUAUGGGAACAGGAGCAUUUGGACACUGUAUUACCUUCAGGAGUUAACUAGUUCAACUGUUUAAAGGGACACUAUAGUCACCUGAACAACUUUAGCUUAAUGAAGCAGUUUUGGUGUAUAGAACAUGCCCCUGCAGCCUCACUGCUCAAUCCUCUGCCAUUUAGGAGUUAAAUCCCUUUGUUUAGGAACCCUAGUCACACCUCCCUGCAUGUGACUUGCACAGCCUUCCACAAACACUUCCUGUAAAGAGAGCCCUAUUUAGGCUUUCUUUAUUGCAAGUUCUGUUUAAUUAAGAUUUUCUUAUCCCCUACUAUGUUAAUAGCUUGCUAGACCCUGCAAGAGCCUCCUGUAUGUGAUUAAAGUUCAAUUUAGAGAUUGAGAUACAAUUAUUUAAGGUAAAUUACAUCUGUUUGAAAGUGAAACCAGUUUUUUUUUUUCAUGCAAGCUCUGUCAAUCAUAGCCAGGGGAGGUGUGGCUAGGGCUGCAUAAACAGAAACAAAGUGAUUUAACUCCUAAAUGACAGUGAAUUGAGCAGUGAAAUUGCAGGGGAAUUAUCUAUACACUAAAACUGCUUUAUUUAGCUAAAGUAAUUUAGGUGACUAUAGUGUUCCUUUAACAACAAAAUUGGUACCGGAGUGCUGGACACCUUCUUUUCUUUAACUUUAUUUUUACAUCAGGUGAUAUACAAUAUAGAGUUUCAGUGGUAGCACAAGGAGUCACACGUAGUGAUGCAAAAAAAAAAAAAAAAAAAAAAAGCCAUGCGUUCGAUCCUCUUUUUACAUUUUUGAUAUCAAGAGUAGUUUAAUUUUACGAACCAGUGGGCCCUACAUAAACAAGAUAAGGACUAAUGCAAAUUAAAAUUAUUGCUGAAUAGCAGGGUACGUGGCCUUUCUUCUAUCAAGCUGCUGGGCACAACUCACAACUGUGUUAGGUCCCCUAACCAAUGGUGGUAACAGUGGGUGAUAAUAUUGGAUUUAAACAAUGCAUCGAGGUGCAUGGUAUAGAGCUCCUCCGAGCCAGGGUUUCCCCAUAUGGGUAAUACAAGGUAGUAAAAUAGAAGACAAAUGAGAAAAAGAAAGCAAAGCAUGAGGUAAAGUGCAAGUCAAAAUAUGAGACACCUCUUUCCUAACGUCUUCCCUCCUUUCCAGUCAGUGACUCCCCUAUUCACAAAACUGGCUUGAGUCUUUCCGAUUAGCGUGUUCCCUGCUCGGCAGCACUUCGUGCUUCCAGAAACAGAUCUUUCAGCAGCCAGGGGAAGUUGAGAUUGGUGCUAGAGGCAACUUCAGGGUUAAACCAUUCAAAGAUGGCUCGGGGCCUCCUGGCACCACAACCACUUUAUUUAAAGUUGUUUUGGUGCCUGGAGUGCUUCUUUUAACUCCUGAAGGUAACACAAUGCCCUGACACUCCUACCCUCAUAUCAACUACUACUUUAGUGAGCUGAAAUUGUUAUAGUGGUGUUUCUUUAACAGAAACUUAGAUUUAUUGUGAAAGGUCUUCUGACAAAAAGUGAAGACAAAUGUAUAAAGAAUGUACUUACCAUCAUUUCGGAAGUCAUGUAAAGGAGCACAGAGAGGAAUAAACUAUAAAAGCCAAGACAUACAAAUGGUAUUUUAUUUAAAGGGACACUCCAGGCACCCAGACCACUUCUGCCCAUUGGAGUGGUCUGGGUGCCAACUCCCACUACCCUUAACCCUGCAAGUGUAAUUAUUGCAGUUUUCAUAAACUGCAAUAUUUACCUUGAAGGGUUAAGUCCUCCUCUAGUGGCCGUGCAUGCGCAUAAGGUCUCACCCGCUGCCAGCUGUGCAUGCUCAAUAGGUCUCCCCCGCCGGAUGACGUCGGCGGGGAGGAGCGUGGACUGACCCUGACCCAGCGCCGAGGGACAUCGGCGCUAGAUACAGGUAAGUCACUAAAUAGGGUUUUAACCCCUUCAGCAACAUGGGAUGGGGAAUGGAGGGGUGGGAGGGAGAGGGGACCUGCAGUGCCAGGAAAACAGUUUGUUUUGCUGGCACUGGAGAGUCCCUUUAACCCCUUAAGGACACAUGACGUGUGACAUGUCAUGAUUCCUUUUUAUUCCAGAAGUUUGGCCCUUAAGGGGUUAAAGUAAAUACUUUAGACUAGAGUUUGUUUUCAAUAAAUCAUGGUGACAAAGGUUUCAAGCCCUCCAUAUAAAUAUUUAUUCUCCUGAAAACUUUAAAGAUCCAUCACAUCUCAUGGGUUGGAGAAGGCAAUCUGGGCAACCAAAAACUACACCUUAACAGCCUAGAUAUGGAUAUCAGGAAGCAAGUUACAGCUGGUGAUUAUGUCAAUCUUCUCAGAAACGCCUUUUAAAUCUUCAAGGGCCAGUCGGAUGCUGUGAGAUGCAUUUAUAAUACCAUUUUGAGAAUUACUCAGUUGGCUUGUCAAUGUCCGAAUCUCACUGGUCGUUGUAUGAUAGACAUGUCUGACGGUGUUGUUGAUAUCAUGGUAAAGACGAGCAUUACUCUCAAGAAGUUUUUGCUGCAGCAAUGUGCUGUAACGGCCUUGCUGUUGAAUGUUGACAAUGGGUUUCUCUUCUAUGCCAACUGGAGAAUGUUCUCCUUCAUUCCUAAUGACCACUAAUGGAGGAAGGUUCUUCUCCAACACUUUGGAAGGUGUUUUCAGAGUGUCAUCAGAAUCCUCCUCCUCCUCGUCUGUCUCAGAGGCUUCUCCCUGGACUUUUACUCCAUGAGGGCUAGAGAAUGGCCCAGCUGCAACCGAUGUCACGUACAUCUCUUCUUCAUCAUCGGUCUCAGAUGCUUCUCCCUUGACAACAGUUUGGUAACCGUGAAAAGACAUCUGCUCGCAUGCAAUAAAAUUAAACAAAUUAUGACAAUUUUUAAAAAUUUUUUAUUAAUGACAAUGUUAUCGUUUUUCAAAUAAAUAAAUAUAUGGUUAAUAGAACUGUCAAAAAAAGAGAAGAUAUAUAAUUAUAUUCAUACAUUGCACAAGACAAAUGUACAGAUACUCACUAAGGCAAUAAAUAACAUCAAAAUAGGGAUGAAAUUGAUACGCUAAUGAAAAGGAUCCAGUUCUGCAUAAACAAUUCUGGUGUGAGGAGGUAGGUCUGAGGUCAAAAUGGGAAUGGCACCAUAACCAUUGACAUGUGCCGAGACUAUUCCUUUUUUUCUAUAGCAAUGUGGUCCUCAAGGACUCUGUGGCUUAUUUACUAAACACUGAUUUAUAGUAUACUGAAACAAUAUAUCCAAUUCAGCUCUAGUCACCGCUUCAAUAGUGUAGCAAUAAUGACCUGACAGAAUUAUUCACUAAAGUGAGAAUUUAAUGUGAAUUUUACAUUUGAAGUCAAGAUAGCCAAACAUUGACAUAAUCUCUAUGAUAGUAAUGCUUUCAGUUCAGAUACUCUGGCCUUCCUUUGAAUUCAUACUUUAUCAAAAACCCAUGUUAAUGUAUUUAUCAAGCUUCAAGGCUUGACAAAGACACUGUUUAGAUUGGAAACGUUGCCAGGUCACUCAUUGAAGAAAAAGAAAUGUGCAUCUUGGGAACAUAAUUCUGCAUACCUCCAAACAUCUCAAAUGGAUAGAAGGCCACUUUAAUUUGAGGGGUGUGAGUGCUUCCAUGUGCAGGGCUGUUCCGCAAAGUUUUAGGUAACUUACUAAUGACAAUUUAUGUACCUAAAUCAGACUAUACAAAUCCCAGUCACCAGCUCGACUAUAAAUUUCGCCCUGGCGCCUAAGAUUUGUAUGCCUUUUACCAAAUACAGCCGCCCGGCCACCCUAAGUAGCAUGGAGACAGCCGACUGAGGCAGCAUGGAAACGGCAAGCAAGGGAGCAGCGAUCUUCAUGCAGUUCCCCCUUGUGCACUGUAUAUUGUUACCGGGAGCCGGAAUAUGACAUCACUCCAAUCUGGGCAUCACUGCAGAACGCGCAGGGGAGCAGAGAGGAACUACAGAAAGAUUGGAAAGCAGCACACUGGACCCGAGGGAAAGAUCCACUCAGCGCUCCCAAAGGUACGGAGGCUGGGUAGAUUUAAAUAAAAAAUAAAAAUGUCAAUUUGUGAGUCUGUGAAAAAAUGUUCAUAUGUGUCUGUCAGUUUAGGUACCUGCCACUUCCAUUUGCAAGAGAAAGGUGUUUUUACUCAUCUUUCAAGAUGAGAUCAUCAAUCUUUAUGAUCUCAGGUAAGCCAAUGAUUUCCCAAAGGAAAGUAUUGGGAGGAUAUUGUGCAUGCACAGCAAAACACUGUGCUGUGCCAAUCAGCAUCUCCUCCUUGAGUCAAUGCAUCUCUAUGGGGAACAUUCAGCGCCUCCAUGGAGACGCUAAACGUAGAUGCUGCACACUGUGCAGCACUGACCCAGGACAUUGAAAAGCCUGCAGAGAUAGGCUAUACACACACCAGAACAACUGCAUAAAGCUGUAGUGGUUCUGGUGACUAUAGUGUCCCUGUAAGAAUUGCAUUUUUCUUGUUGAAAAUUUAACUUUUCUAGCGCAAAAAAAAAGUGUCUCCUAACUUUUUUUAGUUGGCUCCUAGAUAACAAAAAAUGUUUUUUGUCCCCUGACCUAGAUUUAGAACAAUAACAAUGUAUCCUAUUUCCACAGACUGAUUUCUAAAUACAUUUAUUGUAAUUUAAAGACACUUUACUGGGUGUAUAAUUGCUGUUGAGCUCGGUUAUGCACUCAGACACACCAACAAUAGGGAGCUCCUAGAAAAGAAGGGCAUUAGGAAUAAAAAAAAUAAAAAAACAUUAAAAUUAAAAAAAUUAAAAAAAAAAGAGAGAAGGUUAGAACGCUACUGGAUUCAUGGUUAUUAACUAAACAACACAUUGUUAUAAUCUGAAAUGCAAGAUCUGGGCAUAAAUAAAUGAUAAAAGUAGACUAUAACCACAGCUUGGCUGUUUAUAAAUUCUGCAAACUGGAUUUCAAUAUCCUACUAUGGGGAAUUAAUCCUGCAUUAUGUGCCCAAUAAGUUUUUUUUAGGAAGGCAAAAUAAAGAGCACAAACAAAUAUCAGGAAGCUCACCUCACAUAUGUGAAUUUCGGCCCCAAGCAGACAGUACAAACAUUGCAGGCAUCCAAAACACUGUCGUGACCGGAAGUGGGGCGUUCUUCCAAUGGACAAGUCCUGCCGGAAGUGGGGCAACGUCAGGUGACAGAGUCAAAGCGCUACAUUUACAAGACGAGCAAAAUAAAACACAGUUCGGGUUCGCCGAAAAAAAAUGACUUUACCCCAGAUUAACACAACGAUAUCAUUAACAUGUCGAGUUUAGUAAAGUGUAUGGUGUAUGAGAGACCGGAAGUUGCUGCAUCCUUACUAUCACGUGUCUGGAACAGGACGGAAGUGGGGCAACCAGGAAGUAGGUAACAGUGUCAGGUGGGAUGGGAUCAGGGUGUCAGUUAAAGAGGAAUAGAAACAUUAACUAAACAGCGGGGAACCUCUGGGAAUUGCCAAUAUGAUAACAGUUUAAAGUGCAGCAUCAAGAUUUGGAGCUUUAUUAGGAGAAGGAAGGACAAUUAGACAAACUACCAUCACACAUGUUACUGUCACUUUAAUACUUGCAGACAGUAAGGGGCAACUAGGUAACUGACUACUGUCUUAAACAUGGCAGAUGAAACCUUGUUUGCCCUUUUACACACGGAGAUCGUUUCCCAUGCGCAGAAGAGUGCGGGUCUGGACGAUGAGGUGAGAUGGGAAUUGUCUAAUGGGAUAUAAUCAAUGCAUGUUAUUUAAUUACAAGCAAUCAUCAGGGAUAUUUUUGGAAAAUGGCGAAAAGAUCUCCAACGUGGUUAUAUAUAUCUUUACGUUUGGGCUUUGCAGCUACUUAUUUAGUAAUUCUUCCAACUAUAACGUCACAUCCACAAAACUGCUUAUCAUAUCUGAUUUUGUUUUACACUAAAAUGUGUAUAAUGUUAUUUGUUUGUUGUAAAAAUGUGUAGGAUCAAGGGAAGCAUAUACGUAUUCUAGAGUCGAUGGGAUUUCGUGUUGGUCAAGGGCUUACUGAAAGGUAAGAAUAUUAUUAUUGUUAUUAUUAUUAGAGCACCAACAAUUCCCCGAUCCAACAUUUUCUGUAGAUUCUUAGCGAGCAAAGCAAAGGCAUUGAAAUAUAGUUCAUAAAUGUCUGUAGUGAUCCAGUUACUUUCGCUAGAAAACAAAUGUUUUUGGCAGCGUGAUUCUGUUGUUCAUUGUGACAAAUGACUGAUUUAAAAACUCUUUUAACUGGAUAUCACAAGAUCUAGCUCCAUUUACCUUGUAAUGAGUUUGAUUAUUAUUAUUUCCUAAAUUGACAGAAAAGAUAACUGGGAGUCUGUUAUUCUGUUCACAAGCUAAUUCACGUUGUUUUACCUAAGGUUGACAAAGGACAGCCCGUCAUUCAAAGAUGAUCUAGAUGUUGUUAAAUUUGUUUGUAAGGAUUUUUGGACAGUUGUCUUCAAGAAACAGAUUGACAAUCUAAGAACAAAUCAUCAGGUAUGUAUGGGAGGGGGAGGAGAAUCACAGAUUAUUUGUCCUUUAACAUAAUAAGACCUAGUAGAGAUUUCGUAGCUCCAUUAUUUCAUAUAGUAAUAUUUUACCUUAGAAGGAGAGGAUAAUCAGGGAAGACAUAUAACUGUUUAUAGGUUGUUAAUUAAAAGCCACUCACCCAGUGCUGUUAAGGCUAAGACUGUGUGCAUAUUUUUCACAAGGAAGUCUUUAUAGCAUGAGGAGGCAUGGCUAAGGAGGCAGGCUUAUGCUGCAGAAUUCUGCAAAACAUUUUUUUGUGUGCAAAAACUAUAAAGAUUUUGAGCAUGCAAAAAAUACAUAAUAUUAAUAAGGCUAAAAUCUGCCCAAUGCAUUAAAGUUGCAUUAGUGUUGGAGUGUCCCUUUAAUUUUUCAUAAAUCUUUGCAAGUCGUUGGCCAAUGUAGGAUCACCCAGAAAAAAACAGCAGUGGAAAACACCCCAGUUUAUUGAGGUCCAAAGUUAUCAACAUUUCAACCUAUAUGCAGCCCUUUGUCAAGUUCAGAGAGGAUAAGUGCAGCACUGCGUAUGAAACACAACAGUGAAUUAAAAGGGCAUACCGAUAAGUAAUCAUGUGACAGCAUGUUGCUAUGCAACCUUGGUACGCAUAUUGUCCAGCAAUAUAGUCAUGGCAGUUUAAUGUUUCUGGAGAAAAGAUUUCUGCAUUAUGUUAUAUUCUCCAGUCUUUAGAUAAAACAUUACUGGUUUGCUAUGUGACUGGCAACAUCUUGGAUAAUAGUUCUUCCAGAUUUCCUUGUCUCCGUUUUCACCUAAUGUAACCUGUUCAAAAAUUUUGGUCUACAGUUUGACAGUGGUUCCUUCUUAUAUUGACUUAAUUUAUGUUAUUACACAUGUUGGCUAACUAGAUGGGACCAACCAUUGCAAUCCCAUUAAAAUGCCAACCAUCCUGUGAGAUAACUACUUACCUAUUCCUACCUCUUACUGUGACUUAGUAUGCUUAUAAAUCUGCCACUCUGAUCUUAUCUUUGUUGAUUGAUCUUUUGUCUUUAUUUGUUAUUGUUUGUGUUUCUCUUUAUAGGGUACCUAUGUGUUACAAGACAACAAGUUUCAGCUUUUGACACAGAUUUCUUGCAGUAAGCAAUAUUUAGAAGAAGCUCCCAAGGUAAAUACAAUUAGAAGUGUAAUUGUUAUGAUGCCUUAUAAAUAGUGAUGUCCCGAACGGUUCGCGUACGGUGCGCUGCGGACUCAUCAUUGAGUAAACUUUGACCCUGUACCUCACAGUCAGCAGACACAUUCCAGCCAAUCAGCAGCAGACCCUCCCACCUCCUGGACAGCAUCCAUUUUGAAGCUGCAUUCUUAGUGAGCUGUCCAGAAGGUGGUAGGGUCUGGGAGGGAGGGUCUGCUGCUGAUUGGCUGGAAUGUGUCUGCUGACUGUGAGGUACAGGGUCAAAGUUUACUCAAUGAUGAGUCCGCGUCGAACCGUUCGGGACAUCACUACUUAUAAACAUUAUAACUUUUCCUUAAUUGUCAUGACAAUUACAAAAUCCACUGGAUAUAUGAUUGAUCCUUUCAGCAGGAGACCAGGUAAUGGGAAAUAGUUUUAAAAUAUGAAAUUUUAAUAGUAUGAAGGGAAGAAACACUAAAUUGUAUAACAUGAGUCAAGCCAGAGUUAGAAAAUAUCUGAAUGACUUUGACAAGGGCCGAAUAGUGAUGGCUAGACAACAACGUCAAAAUAUUUCCAAAACGGCAAGUCUUAUGGGGUGUUCCCGGUGUGCAGCAAUUGGUAAAUAAAUCGAAAAGUGAUCUGUGAUAAAUAGGCUCUUAAAUAAAAAAAUAUAGAUGAAAAGCUGCUACUAUGCUUUGGAAAGUUCCUUCCCAUCUUUACAAACUGUCAUACACAAGAACCAAGGCCAACACCACUGAAUUAAGUAGAGUGCUAUAUUUAUGACAAAUAAACAUACCCCUUUGAAUGAUAGGGGAUGUCUUGUAUCAAGUGCUCAAAUGAAACAAAAAAUAAAACUGAAUAUAGUGCAGUGUUGUAAAAAUCGUAAAGAAUGCAGAGAAAUAAAUAGGAUACACCCACGCAGAACAGAGCCUUAUAAAGACAGGCUCAAAUCGCUUGGAUUAAUGUGUGCUAAGUUGACACUCUCUCCCUCUUCAAUCUUCCAACCAAAUAGCUCAAAGGAUAAAGUAGAGAUAUAUAAUUCAAUAUGUCGGAUGGUAAACUUGAUAGACCAGGAGGCAGAGAACUGCUCACCUUAAAAAGAGCCUUCCCCAACCUAACUGUGGGUAAAAGCACCCAUGUGUCUAUAUAUUGUUUUAUCUUUUGUUUCAUUUGAGAACUUGAUUUAAGACGUGGGUGUGCAUUGUUUACCUGGGAAAGAGAUGGCAGUAGGGUGCACUAUGGGAAGAAGGCAGGUCGGCAGAGGUAAUGUUCUGCUCUGGACAAUGUUGUGCCGGGAAAACUUUGGCACGUACCACCUACCUAGAGAUUGUUGCAGACCACGUACACCCCUUUAUAGCAAUGAUGUUCCUUGAUGGUAGUGGCCUCUUUCAGCAGAAUAACGCACCCUGCCAAACUUGGCCUCCAAAUUCCGCAGAUCUCAAUCCAAUUGAACAUCAAAUCCGAUCUAUUGAGGCCGCACCUUACAGCAGGACUUAAAGGAUCUGCUGCUAAUGUCUUGGGGUAUCUGCAUGUUAUUAAGCAGGUGGUUUUAAUGUUGUGGAUUAGUGUAUAAUGCAAACUGAAUUUAGUUUUUAAACUUCUCAUUAACCACUUCAUUCUCAUGAUCGCUGUCUUUUUCUUGUUCUUGCAGUUCCUAGCGUACACAUGUGGACUUAUUAAAGGAGCACUUUCCAAUAUGGGCGUGAGUAGUACAGUUUCUGCAGAGGUCCCUAUAAUGCCUACCUGUAAGUAUUACAAUUUCUUGGUGGAUUAACUAAUAGACUAUAGUUAUAUAUAUAUUUUCCCAUAAUAUAUAUAUUCCCACGAUGCAUUUGUAGCAGCUGAUUAACCAGGGUUUGACUUUUAUUCUGUUUUUCUCAGGUGUCAGAUGAUCUGAGUAAUUCUCUGAUCAUUUCUCCCACGCCUCACCCAUCUGUCAAUCCCUGCAUUGGCUUCCUGUGUGAUAUAGGGCUCAAUUUAAAAUGUUGGUUCUUGCUUACAAACCUCUACAUCAAGCAUGUCAAACUCAAAGGCUAACACGAACCGAAUAAACAAGGUUUAAGUUCAUGUGGGCUGCAAAAAAACAGAAACUUCAGUUUUCAUAGAAAAGGUUUAUUUAGAAAAGUACAGUAUAAAAAAAGUUGCCUGACACUGGAUGUCCUCACACUCAUAGGGCUUCAAAGUAAACAAAAGAGCAAGUUUAUUUUAAGGAGACAUGCUUUUGCGUAUAACCAAUGUUUCAGUCCAACUACCUUGACAUAUUAAGAAAAGUUUGAUAAUGGGACUGAAAUGGUGAAUGUAUGCUGUUGCACACCUGUCAAAUAAACAUUAUCUUGUUGAUUUUAAAGUUCUAUGGGUAUGUUCUUCACUUUGGCUGAGAUCAUCAAUCUUGAUGAUCUCAGCCAAUCCAAUGCUUUCCCAUUAGGAAAGCAUUGGGAAGCUAUUGUGCAUGUGUGACAAAAAGCUGCGUGGCCAAUCAGCAUCUCCACAGGGAGCGUUCAGCGCCUCCAUGCAGACCUAAUUUAAUACACUGCCCUCUCCCCCCAUUCUAAUACAUUGCCCCCAAAUCCAAUACACUGCCCCCUUUACACUAUAAUACACUACCCCUGAAUCUAAUACACUGCCUCCUCCCUUCCCAAUUUAAUGCACUGCCCACCCCAAAUUUAACACACUGACCCACCUCCCACUACUCUAAUACACUCCCCCCACCACUCUAAUACACUACCCCCUCCCUCCCUGCAAAAUUAAUACCCAGCCCUACCCCCAAUUUAACACACUGCUCCACCUCCAACCACUCUAAUACACUUCCCCUUUCCCUCCCAUAAUUUUAUACACUCCCCCAACCUCCCCCAAAUUAAUACACUGCCCUCUCCCUCCCUCAGAUUAAUACACCGCUUCCCCCCUCCCCCCUAAUUUAACACACUACACAGGAAGGUCCCCCAAGCCCCUCUUCCCCUACCUUAAGAUGAGCCGCCCGUCCUCCAGUUCCAGCCCUGCUCUGUUCAAGUAGGCCAGAAACUCCUCUGGCACUGCGAGCAGAAGGGAAGGGGGAGUGGCUGGCCUGCGGGAGCACGCAAUCAGCCGUAGGAGGGAAGGCAAGGUGGUUGGUCGCAGCCACAACACAAAGUGGCCCCAGGGCACGUGGGCCGCAAUUAUAUUUAUUGUGGGGCGCAAGUUUGACAUGCUUGUUCUACAUAAUGCUGCUCCGAUCUAUCUAUCCUCCCCAAAACUCACUUCUACAGUAAAGCAUAUCAAUUAAACUGUUAAUAACCCCACUCCCACCUCCCUGCACUGUGAUUCCACUUCUGCAAGCCUCCUAAGCCCUCAGUGAACACUAUCCUAGCAACCUACUUUUCUACCCCUAGUAUGAAAGCUCAUUGAGCAGGGCCCUCAACCCUUCUGUUUCUGUGAGUCCAACUCGUCUGGUUACAAUAACAUGUUUGUUAGUCCACCCAUUGUACAGCGCUGCAGAAUUUGUUGUCGCUGUAUAAAUAAUAAUUCUGUCACUCAGGAACUUAAUCUUAGAAUCAGUUUUUUGACAAUUCUGUAACCAUCUAAUCCACAUCUGAUGUAACUAAAUGAAUUGUUCUUAAUUUUUGCAGGCAAAUUCCAAAUUGUAAUUUUAAAGAUUUAA